AUGUCUCUGCGUCCUUCCACUGCUCCUCUGCGUGCCCCUUUGCCUUCUCCUCCUGCUUCCUCUCUUCCUGCUCUUGCCGACCCUGCGUCGGACUCUCUUCGUGCUGCCGGUCCUACUAUCACGCGUCUCCUUGCUACUGCUGUCACUGACCCUUCUCUCGAGUCUUCUGCUGCGUCUGCCCUUGUCACUGAGCUCGUCGACUUUGCUGCGUGCUGUCGUCUAGACUACGCUGCUAGUCUUGUCGCUGAGUCUGAGUCUGUCCGUCCUCCGUCCGUCAGGGGUGCGUUUGCCCUUGGCACGGACGUCCUUGAGGACAGGCAGGAGGAGUUCCAGUGCUUGGCUGCCGCUUCACCUCAUCUCGCGUCUGUACUGCUAGCCCCUACGGGAGACCCGGAUGCACUAGACAUCCCGACUCCGCGCUCUUACGCGGAGGCGAUAGAGGGUCCCUACUCCUCUCAGUGGCAGGCAGCUAUGGAUGCAGAGAUGGCUUCCUGGAAGUCCACAGGCACCUACGUUGACGCUGUCCCCCCUCCUGGGGCGAACAUGGUCAGUGGCAUGUGGAUCUUCAGGGUGAAGCGGCCGCCGGGUUCUCCGCCUGUCUUCAAGGCGCGUUACGUGGCUCGUGGCUUCAAACAGCGGCAGGGAGUUGACUACUUUCAGACCUUCUCCCCCACCCCGAAGAUGACCACUCUUCGGGUACUGCUGCACGUUGCUGCUCACCGGGACUACGAGCUUCACUCUCUCGACUUCAGCACAGCUUUCUUGCAGGGCAGCCUGGACGAGGAGAUCUGGCUGCGUCGCCCACCUGGCUUCACUGGGUCUUUCCCUCCUGGUACCCAGUGGAGUCUCCGGCGUCCAGUCUACGGUCUUCGCCAGGCGCCGCGUGAGUGGCACGACACACUGAGGACUACGCUGGCGGCACUUGGGUUUGCUCCUUCUACUGCCGACCCGUCGCUGUUUCUGCGCACUGACACUUCUCUGCCGCCGUUCUACAUCCUCGUGUACGUCGACGACUUGGUCUUUUCCACUGCUGACACUACUGGACUCGCCUACGUGAAAUCACCCGAGACAGAGCACGCCGCACCAUUACCCUGA